AUGUUGAAUUUUUUAUAUAAGAAAGUUUUGAGACGCAUUUUUUUUCAGAAUAAAUGUAAUUUUAGAAGAUUGUUAUUAUCAUGUGAUCAUAUAUUUUUUAUACGAACUCUUUCUAUUGCUAGAAAACAAGAAAAUAAGGAAAUAGAUGGUCGUCUAAAGAAUUUUUUUAAAGAGAAAAUAGAGCCUUAUCCACGUAUAGAAUAUGAUGAAAAAUAUAUUGAAAUUUGUAGUGCAAUUAAUACAUGGAAAGACAAAUUAAAAAAUGGAGAACGUGUUUUAAAUGGAAAAGAAGUAACUAUAAGAGGACGAAUUUUUUCUAUUAGAAGUGCUUCUUCAAAGCUUUUUUUUUAUGAUAUAUAUGCUUUUGGAGCAAAAAUUCAGUCAGUUUGUUCACUUCAAACCUAUAAAGAUGAUGCAAGCAUUUUUUUGAAAAUGAAUAAGAAUUUGCGAAGAGGAGAUAUAGUUGAAAUGACAGGUAUUUUGGGAAAAACAAAUCUUGGUGAAUUUUCGAUAUUUACAUCAAAAAUACAAUUACUUGCUCCUUGUCUUCAUUCAUUGCCAUCUAAAGUUAAAAAUGUUGAGAAACACAUUAAAAAUAGAUUCGUGGAUUUCUUAGUACAUCCCGAAAUAUCUAACUCUAUAAUUUUGCGCUCUAAAAUAUUAACAUAUAUUCGUGAAUUUCUAUUGAAUAGAAAUUUUUUGGAAGUUGAAACGCCUAUUUUAAGUGGAUCAACCGGAGGAGCUAAUGCUCGGCCAUUUUAUACACAUGCAAAUUCACUAGAUGGAAGAAGAAUACUUCUUAGGAUUGCACCGGAAUUAUGGCUUAAGAAAUUAGUAAUAGGUGGUUUUGAUAAAGUGUUUGAAAUUGGAAAAUGUUUUCGAAAUGAAGGUCUGGAUUCAAGUCAUAAUCCUGAAUUUACAAUCUGUGAAUUUUAUCAAACAUAUAUAUCUUUGAAUGAUUUAAUAGAAAUAACUAAAUCGUUAUUAUCUGGGCUAAUCAAAGAAUUGACUAAUAACAAUCUUCUUAAAGGCAAUAUUCUUUCUCUUGUAAAUAAUAGCUUUUUUGAUACUUACAAAAUAUUGGAUUUUAUUCCUUCUCUUGAAAAUCGUUUAGGUACCAGUCUUCCUAAUUUAGAUUUGCCAUCCGCUGUUGAUGAUCUUCUAAAUAUUGCUAGCGAAAAAAAUAUUCCUCUUUUAAAACCAUAUACUGUUAAUCGCAUUUUGGAUCAAUUUUCUACUCAACUUUUAGUAUCUGAAUGUAAUCAACCAACGUUUAUCAUUCAUCAUCCUCAGGUUAUGUCUCCAUUAUCAAAAUCUUCUACAAGACAUAAUCAAAAUAUUGCUUACAGAGGAGAACUUUAUAUUCUUAAAAAAGAAAUCUGUAAUUUUUAUGAAGAAGAAAAUGCACCAUUACAACAAAAUUUAAAAUUCCUUCGUCAACAACAAGAUCGUGAUCAUCAUGGUGACUCUGAUAUUCAAUUAAUAGAUUCUACCUAUAUCGAUGCUUUAGAAUGGGGUCUACCUCCUACUGGAGGUUGGGGUAUGGGUAUUGAUCGACUUUGUAUGCUUCUUUCUAAUCAACAACAAAUCAACGAAAUUCUGACAUUUGGAAACCUUAGAAUGACCUGUUCUACAGCCAAAUCUCUUUCACAAUCAACUAAUUAACCAGUGCUAUCAAUUAAUUAUUCAAAACAUUAUUUUAUAUAUAUAUAAAUAUCAAAUUUCAUUUUUUUUAUUAAUAACUAAAAAAAUCAUUCACAAAAAUAUAUAGGUCUUUUAUAUUACUUUUUUAUAUCUUUUUAUUUUCUUU